AUGCCGUUCAACUUCUCUGUCCUUCCGCAUCUCUUGAAAGCUUCGAUUCUCGAUUGGUUACAUGAUAACGAAGCCUUCAUUUUGCUGCAAAAAUUCUACAAAAAGCCCCUUUUUGUAACUGUUCGACGAUUUAUAUGGACUCAAGCUUGGUUGAUUUUAAAAUCACGAGAAAAAUUGGCGCUGAACAUGUUGGGAUUCAAAUCUCGGACUUUGAUCAUU